UCAACGCUAAGGACGUGUAACUAGACUUCAUCAUCACCAUUCCGAUUUCAUUAGAGUUGAUUCUGUGAAACAAAUCACAGUGACGUAAAAAUUGUGUUAUAAACCGGCUUUGGAGCGCUUUGUACAUCUUAAACUUUUAACAAAAUGUUAAAAGCAUUAAUAUUGAUCGGAGGCCCCGAGAAAGGCACCCGUUUCCGACCACUUUCACUGGACACUCCAAAGCCACUGUUUCCGGUAGCAGGCAAACCCAUAAUUCAGCACCACGUGGAGGCAUGCAUUCGCAUCCAGGGCCUAAAAGAGAUCCUCAUACUGGGAUUCUAUCCAUGCGCACAGAUGGAACAAUUCGUCAGCAACAUGCAGAACCUGUACGAUGUCAACAUUCGCUACCUGCAGGAGUUCACCUCGCUAGGAACGGCCGGCGGAAUGUACCACUUCCGGGAUCAGAUCCGUUCCGGCAACCCGAGUGCCUUCUUCGUGCUGAACGGGGAUGUUUGUGCUGAUUUUCCUCUGCAGCAGCUGUACGACUUUCACGUUAGCAAGGGGGAGAAGGCUCUGGUCUCAAUCAUGGGCACAGAAGCGACUCGCCAGCAAGCGGUCCACUACGGCUGCCUGGUGCUGGGUAAGGACGAGGAGGUUACACAUUACGUCGAGAAGCCACGUUCCUAUGUUUCGACUCUGAUCAACUGCGGAGUGUACGUUUGCUCGUUGGAAGUUUUUAGUCGCAUGGGAACCGUGUUUCACUCUAAGCAACUGGAUUACAACACGUUGAACAAUGGUAACGGAAAGGACAUGGGACACAUUCAACUGGAGCAGGAGAUACUGACUCCGCUGGCCGGAACUGGAAGGAUGUUUGCCCUGUCGGUUACUAAUUGGUGGUCACAAAUCAAAACCGCCGGAUCAGCGAUAUAUGCGAAUAGGCAUUUUUUGGCCCUGUAUAAGAACACUCAUCCCGAGCGACUGGCAAAUGCGGGUACCAAAACAUCCGAGCAGGACGAUGGAAGCUUAAUUUGCAACAUCGUCCCCGACGUUCAUAUCCAUCCGACCGCUUCGGUACACCCGACAGCCACGCUUGGACCUAAUGUGUCGAUCGGCCCAGGAGUUGUCAUUGGACCGGGUGUUCGAAUCCGGGAGUCUAUUAUUCUCGAAAACGCUGUCAUCAAAGAUCACACCCUGGUUCUACACAGUAUCGUGGGACGCAGCUCACAGAUCGGAAUGUGGGCCCGCGUUGAAGGAACACCAAGCGAUCCCGAUCCAAACAAACCAUUUGCCAAGAUGGAGAAUCCACCACUGUUCAACAGCGAUGGCCGAUUGAAUCCGUCGAUCACUAUUCUCGGCUAUGCGGUCAGUGUCCCGUCUGAGAUGAUCCUGCUCAAUUCGAUCGUUCUGCCGCACAAAGAGCUGACGCGAAGUUUUAAAAAUGAAAUCAUUUUGUAAUCGUUGGAACUACGCAGGAAGUGUUUGCUUACUGUAUGAAUAAUCUCUGUUAAUUUUAUACCGAUUUAGGGCUUUUGUGCCAGAUACUAGAACAUUGGCUACCAUAAAAACGAUGCUCAAAUAAAUUGAUGGGCACCAUGCCGAAAAACAAUAGUUUUUCAUCUAGCUUUAUCUAGAGUUUGAGCAAACCCGGAUUUCGGAAUAAAUGAUUGGUUUC